AUGUCAUCGCACCGCAACGGAAAGGGUUCCAACAAACCGCGAUCCAAUGAUCAAAAGCCCAGUGGCACACGAUCCAUAAAUCCGGGAUCUACUGAUCCUGGGUUCAAUGGUCCAAAAUCUGAUCGCCCACGACCUAAUGGUCCACGAACCAUGGAGCUGGGAACCCCUGGCCCAAGAAACGUGGAUCUAGAAUCUAUGGAACCACGGCUCAGUGGUCAACGAACCAUGGGACCACGAUCCAAUGACCCGCGAUCUACAAGUGACCAUCCCCAGACUGGAGCCAGCGGCGCAGGAGGCCAAAAACAAAUUGUAAUCAUGAGACUAAGUGAAGAACUGGCCAAAAUUCGGUGGCGGAUAGAGGCGAUAUAUCCCUUAAAAGCUGAGCAACAAGAGGCAGUGGAAUGCCAAAGUGACAAGAUAGCCUGGAUGGAACGCGAAAAACGGUCAAGUAAGGACAAAAGGAAGGCUAAAGAGGAAUUGGAAGUAAUGGAGGCUACUUUGAAAGAAACAGUGAAAAAGCUGGAGAAAGCGAGACUCGAAGAAGAGGAAGUAUUUAUGAAGAGGUGGCGUCUUCAGCAUGGCAAGUGA